AGGAUGUGUAUUUUUUGUUCCUCUUGGCUACUCAAUGAAAUCCUGCCUUUACAGGAUUUACCAUAUGCUUUUCCACGCGCUAGAGUUGGCCUUCCUUGUCAAAUGAAGCACCUCCCUCCUGUCACUCAGGGCGCGAAAUAAAGUAAUUACUGAAUCCUACACCGCACUGUGCAGUAUGUGCAAGCCGGUUAUCGGAUGGAGGGAAAGCAGCUCUACGUCUGAUGUGACUAGUGGUAGCGUACUCUCUGCUGAGCAGCAUGUGGUCUCCGAAGACACACAACAUGUUGACGGGAUUCUUCACGGUACAUAAUACUGUUGCAGGACAAUCAUCUCCAACACAGAGGCAACAGCGCAGCUUUUACAUAAGAGUGACAGGGAUGUAGACUACAACAGCAUCAAUAUAAUCACAUUACAUAGCCAUUAAACAUGAUCUGAAAUACAACAAAUAGAAGACCGAGAGCUACAAACAGGACUGUUACUGCGCUGUUCUCCAUCACCAUCAUCAUGGAGCCAGUUUGCACAAUGGGAACACAUCACGGUUAAUACUACCCCUGACGCUUGAGAAGUCACCACCAUGGAGACAGACAGCUACACCCCGACCCCAGCCCCGAGCGACUGGGCUGGGACGGUGUUAAGUGUGGGGGCCCUGGAGGAGGUCUCGGGGGGAAGUGUCUCCUCCAGCACAGCCUGGUACAUGCCGUACCCCCUGGGCUUCCAGGUGUCACUGACCGCCUUCCUAAUGCUAGAGCUGGUGCUAGGCUUCAGCAGCAACUUGACCGUGCUGGUGCUCUACUGCUCUCAGUCCAACCUGGUCGACUCGGUCAGCAACAUGGUCACGGUCAACCUGCAUGUGCUGGACGUGAUGUUGUGCGUGCUGUGUCUGCCUCUGACCCUGGUGGUGGUGCUGCUACCCCCAGGGCCCAACCUGGCCCUGCUCUGCUGCUUCCACGAAGCCUGUGUCACCUUCGCCUCCAUCGCCACCGCCAUCAAUGUGCUGGUCAUCAGCGUGGACCGCUACGACAUCUCUGUCCGACCCGCCAACCGGUUGCUCACCCCGCAGAGGGCGGGGCUGCUGCUGGCUGCCGUCUGGGCCACGUCUCUGGCCGUCUUCUUCAUCCCCUUUCUGGAGUUGGAGUUUCUCACCGGAGGGGCGGAGAGUGGACAGCACAGCUCCACCACCUCCCUCGACAUCACCCUGGCCCUAGUGUGGCGUAACCGGACGAUGCUUUGUGUGGGUGGACAGGGCUACCACACAGGCCUGGCCAUGUACUACCACCUGCUGCUGCAGGUGCCCAUCUUCUUUAUCACAGUGGCAGUCAUGCUGUUCACAUACUCACGGAUCCUGCGGGCCUUGAACAUUCGCAUCGGCUCCCAUAUUAAAAAGAGCCAGUGUUUCAGGGCAACCUCCUGCAGGGGGCGCCGUAAGAGACAGAAGCAGAAGGCAGGGCUGGGAGUGAUAGAGGGAGGAGAGCAGUGUACAGACACAACCAAGCACCUCUCUCACCCUCCACUCAUCCCAUCUCCCACAGCCACCUCCCCCCCAGCCCUGUCCUCAGCCCCUCUGGUUAGCUCAGAAGGCGCUGCUGCUGCUACCCCUGCACCUGCUGCCCCUGUCACCGGUCCCACUGUUCAGGCAUCUGUGUCGGCCAUCAUUGCCUUGCGGCGGGCCGUGAGGCGUCACCGGGACCGGCGGGAGCGCCAGCAGCGCGUCUUCAGGAUGUCCCUCCUCAUCGUCUCCACUUUCCUAGGUUGCUGGGCUCCUCUGUCCGUUGCCAAUGUGCUGAUCCUGGGCCUGGGCCCCAGUGACACCCUGGUCAGCCUGCGCCUCUGGUUCCUGGCCCUGGCCUAUGGCACCACCAUCUCCCACCCACUGCUCUAUGCCUUCACCAGGCAGAAGCUACGGCUUGCCCUCAGAGCCAAGGUGAAGAAGAGGGUGGUGUCACUACUGCAGGUGGACCCCUCGCCAGGAGAGACCGUCACACACAACUCCUGGGUGGAGCCAAGGAAGGGACGCCAGUUACAGCUGGAGGGCAGCGAAACCAUUGAUCGUUGCCUGGUAGAGCCCCUGAAGAAUAGCACACACUAGUUGCACCCCCCCCAGGUGCAGGACCGAGUUUAGGAAACCCUGCUGUAUAUCCCUGAGUGCAAACACUAAGAUGCUUAUGUAACUUCUUUACAGUAGCCUAUAUGAGUGUUUGUUUGGCCAGCAGAGGAUCAGAAUUCCACCCACUCAAGCAUUGGAAGGCAGCUUCUAAGACAACACAAAAACAUUGUCACCCAUAUAGAUACACAAAUACAUAUCCUUUUGGAUCUGCUAAAUACAGAUGUAGGACCUUAUUUGAAGCAAGUUUGCUACAACAGGAAAACAAUCCUGCAUCAACAGGAAAUGUGAAUUAUUAUGUGGAUUAUAAUUAAUGGACAUUUUUUGUAGGGUUUGAUACAUUUUUUUAGGGUAAAACAAGUCUGACAUUUUAAAGUGGAAAUUAUAAAAUUUAGAAGCCUUUUUAAAACUUGAAUGCACAGCAAGAUUGCAUUUCCUGCUGAGCAGGAAAAGUCUCAGCAACAAAAGAGUGUUCAAAUGAAGAUCCUACAUCUGUAUUACCCAUGCCUUAACUACUUUAAGAAUGGGUUUAAAGGUGUCAUUGAUUCGGAACAAGAAUAUGUAUAUAUCCUACUGAUAUAAUAUAAGAUGGAACUAUGUACAUAGUGUACACUGUCAUCUAUUCAUAUAUACAGUGACUUCAGAAAGUAUUCAGACCCCUUGACUUAUUCAAUAUUUUGUUGUGUUACAGACGGAAUUCAAAAUGGGUUGAGUAGAUUUUUGGGCUCACCCAUCUACACACAAUACCCCAUAAUGACAAAGUGAAAACAUGUUUUUAGAAAUAUUAGCAAAUUUAUUAAAAAAUAAGUAUUCACACCCCUGAGUCAAUACAUGCUAGAAUCACCUUUAGCCUCGAUUACAGAUGUCAUUCUUUCUGGGUAAGUCUCUAAUAGCUUUGCAUACCUGGAUUGUACAAUACUUGCACAUUAUUAUUUUAAAAAUUCUUCAAGUUCUGUCAAGUUAGUUGUUGAUCACUGCUAGACAUCCAUUUUCAAGUCUUGCCAUAGAUUUUCAAGGCAAUUUAAGUCAAAUGUGUAACUAGGCCACUCAUUCAAUGUCGUCUUGGUAAGCAACUCCAGUGUAUAUUUGGCCUUGUGUUUUAGGUUAUUGCCCUACUGAAAAGUAAAAUUGUCUCCCAGUGUAUGUUGGAAAGCCUACUGAACCAGGUUUUCCUCUAGGAUUUUGCCUGUGUUAAGCUCUAUUCUGUUUAUUUUUACCAACAACAAAAAACUCCCUAGUCCUUGCCAAUGACAAGCAUACCAAUAACAUGAUGCAGUCACCACCAUGCUAGAAAAUGUGAUCAGUGGUACUCAAUGAUGUAUUGUGUUGUAUUUUCCCCAAACAUUAUGCUUUGUAUUCAGGACAUUAAGUUCAUUUUUGGCCACAUUAUUUGCAGUUUUACUUUAGUGCUUUAUUGCGAACAGGAUGCAUGUUUUGGAAUAUUUGUAUUCCUUCUUUUCACUCUGUCAAUUAGGUUAGCAUUGUGGAGUAAAUACAAUGUUUGUAACGGCUUUCCUCUUCCUCUUCACCCGAAGAGGAGGAGCAGGGAUUGAACCAAAAUGCAGCUUCGUGAUAUGACAUGAUAUUUAUUUAAACAAGACAAAGACGAACACGAAAAACACUUGGAAUGACUUACAAAAUAAUAAACGAUGUAGACAGACCUGAACUAACGAACUUACAUAUAACGAAGAACGCAUGAAACAGGAACAGACUACAUAAACCGAACAAACGAACAAACAAACCGAAACAGUCCCGUGUGGCGCAACGUACAUAGACACAGACACAGGAGACAACCACCCACGACAAACAAAGUGAAAACACCUACCUUAAUAUGAUUCUCAAUCAGAGGAGAUGAAAACCACCUGCCUCUAAUUGAGAACCAUAUCACGUACCCAAAAACCAACAUAGAAACACAAAACAUAGACUGCCCACCCAAACUCACGUCCUGACCAACUAACACAUACAAAAACUAACAGAAAACAGGUCAGGAACGUGACAAUGUUGUUGAUCCAUCCUCAGUUUUCUCCUUUCAAAGCCAUUAAACUCUUGAACUGUUUUAAAAUCACCUUUGGCCUCAUGAUGAAAUCCGUGAGCGGUUUCCUUCCUCUCUGGCAACUGAGUUAGGAAGGAAGCAUGUAUCUUUGUAGUGACUGGGUGUAUUGAUAGACCAUCCAAAGUGUAAUGAAUAACUUCACCAUGCUCAGAGGGAUAUUAAAUGUAAAAACAUAAUUUUUUUACCCGUCUACCUAUAGGUGCCCUUCUUUGCGAGGCAUUGUAUAACCUCCCUGGUCUUUGUGGUUAAAUCUGUGAAAUAAAUUCACUGAGGGACCUUACAGAUAAUUGUAUGUGUGGGGUACAGAGAUGAGAUAGUCAUUCAAAAUUCAUGUUAAACACUAUUAUUGCACACAGAGUGAGUCUACGCAACUUAUGUAACUUAUGCACAUUUUUACUCCUUAACUUAUUUAGGCUUUCCAUAACAAAGGGGUUGAAUACUUAUUGGCUCAAGAUCUCUCACCUUUUCAUUUUUUAUGAAUUUGUAAAAAAUUAUAAAAUAAUAAUUCCACUUUGACAUUAUGGGAUAUUGUGGAUAGGUCAUUGACACAACAUCUCAAUUUAAUUCAUUUUAAAUUCAGACUGUAACACAACAAAAUGUGGAAGAAGUCAAGGGGGUAUGAAUACUUUCUGAAGGCACUGUAAAUAGAGAGAGGAGGGGAGAUACAGAGAGGUUAAAGAUCUCCCUAUGUAAUAGACUGUUGCAUUGGAUAGGUUGUAGUAAACAGAUGACAGACAAUGUUUAAUUGUUGACAGAUAAACUUCCACAAAGCUCAUAAAUAUGUCCACAAAUCACUAUGUGGCACUGAAUUUGUAAUCAUGUAUUGAUAUUUAUCUGUUGCGAUGUGUUGUAUAUAAAAUAGACAUUGUAACUUAUUCAAUGUGAUUUCCAACUUGUCGGUUGGUCCCCACAUCAUUUGGUCGUAUUACAAAGAGUGAUGUUGUUAUAGUAGAGGACAUCUGUCAUGGCCAUCUUGUCAACCCUUGUGUCAAACCAAUUAAACACAUUUGUACCUGCAAAAGUCCCCAGAGCCGGCGCAAAUUAACAGGUGUUUUUGUAAUAAUUUGCCUGUAGGAAUAAUUUGCCUGUAGGAAACACAGGUAGGUUUGUGUACUACCGGUAUAUAUACGGUUUGUAAGCAAGCAUUCUAUGGUAAAGUCUACACGGUUUGUAAGCAAGCAUUCUAUGGUAAAGUCUACAUCAGUUGUAUUCGGUGCAUGUGACAAAUAAAUAUGCCGGUAGUAGAUUUGAUUUUAGCCUACAUAGUUUUUAAAAUGUAUUUGUUAUUUGCGCAUACAGGUAAAAAAAAUAAGAUGUGAAAAUAAAGGACUGAAAAAAGAAGUUAAACAUGUGUAUGCCACAGGAGGUUGGUGGCGUCUUAAUGGGGGAGGACAUGCUCGUGGUAAUGGCUGAAGUGGAAUUAGUGGAAUGGUAUCAAAUACAUCAAACACAUGGCCAUUCCAUUUUCUCCAUUCCAGUCAUUAUUAUGGGCAGGCCUCCCCUCAACAGCCUCCACUAGUGUAGGCGAGGUAAAAACAAAACAGAACAUUAUUGGCUAAUUGUUUGAUUUCAGCACCGUACUGUUCUGUAGUGCACAAACAGACCUUCUACUCCCUGUGGGACUGUGUCUUAUAGACUUAUCAUCAUAAAACCUGAGACAAAUGUGAUGGAUUUAUGCUACUGAAUGUUCAUACCCGCUUUAUAUACGCACAUGCAUCACAUGUAUUCAUUGUAUAAAUUCCCAUUGUGUUGUUUUCUUGUAUCUAAAUGUAUAGAGAGAAGACAAUUAAAAUAUCAAUAAAUGUGACUAUUGUA